GACAGUGAUUGGUAUAAAACCGACAGGUACUCUCAUUGACACAGCACAGGCAUAUACAGGGUGACACACACACAGGAAGAAUUUACUACACAAACCAGGCAACCAGAGCAAAACGGUGAUGACCUUCCUGCGCAACAUGGCCAUGGUCAAGUCCCUGCUCCUGGUGAUGUUGGGGCUCACCUUCCUGAGGGAGGUCGCAGCUUGGAAAAACCCCAAAGCAGGGGAUGCCGCCCUGUGCCCUCCUCUGGAGGAUAACAGUGUGAGGGUUGACAUCCGCAUCCUCAGGCAAAACCGGGGUAUCUCCAUCUCAAAUUUCCAGAACCGCUCCAUCUCCCCCUGGGACUACAACAUCACGCAGGACCCCCACCGGUUCCCCUCGGAGAUUGCGGAGGCCCAGUGCCGGUACUCGGGCUGCGUCAAUGCCGAGGGGCAGGAAGACAGCUCCCUGAAUUCAGUUCCCAUCCAGCAGGAGUUCCUGGUCCUGCGGAGGGAGCCCCGGGGCUGCUCUCGCUCCUUCCGGCUGGAGAAAGUGCUGGUGACGGUGGGCUGCACCUGCGUCACCCCCAUCGUGCGCUCUCUGAGCGCCUGAACGGCCGCCGGCUGAAGCAGCCCUGAAAUGCUAGUCCUUACCCAGCGCUCUGCAGCAAGUCCUCUGUGGUCCCAAUCCUCUCCACUUCAUCAGCCUCUAGAUAAGACCUGCGCGGAGUUCUCAAAGCUCCGUCUUACAUAUAGUGUCAACUUUUGGGGGCGCUUCUGAAUCAGAAUCGGGUCCUGAGCUGUUCUGCGGUCCCAGACCCUUGCAAACGGAUGCAGGAGAAGGAAGGAUGCUUGUUUGUGCAUCCUAGCCCUGCCCUCACUGUGACUCCGUGCGGUUCCCCGGGGAAUUCUGUUGGUAAAUUCUGUUCUGUGGGGAUGAAAAUGCAGAAAACGUAACCACGAUAUGAGCGUGUGGGAGGGGCUGUGCGGGGCGCGGUGGCAUGGGAGGGAUGGGGUAAGGAUCUAGCACACAUGUUUAUUAAGAUUUGCUACAUAGAGAGGCUGGCUUCACGCUCCUAUUUGUAAGGAAAUUGUCCAUCUAUUUAUGAUAUUAUAUAAAAUUUUAGGAGAAAAAGUAAUAUAUCAAGUAUUAAUAUAAUAAAGUAUUAAUGACUGAAAAA